CCGAGUUUAACAAGAUAGAGACUUGUCGAAAGAAUUCUAAUGCGCCGUUGGUUUAUCUGUCUCUCCUGUCGUCAAAGAUUUAUCUUCGGUACAACCGUUUAGCCGAAGACUGAACAUAAAUUAGCGCGGACGCGUCCGACGAGCGUUCGUGUAUAACAUCUCAUUAUGAACCUAAAUUAAAAAUAAUAAUCGAUCAACGUGGGCAUCGACAAGAGAUUAUUACGGAAACAAUUCAGUAUGGGCACGGAGAGCACGUAGGAGAACGAAAGCCGCAACGUAGCGUGUCAAGAGAAUUUUGUUUGUGUGCUGUAUGUUAUGUUCUGUUCACCUUUCCGAUACGUACAACAUACCUACAAAGAUGGAAACAAGUAGGCGUGAGGAACGAGAAUGGUUUUACGGACAAGGAAAAUUCUGGACAAAUAAUAAUGCGGAAUUUUAAGGUCGACAGCGGCGUAUAUGAUUAAUAAUAAAAUCAACUCCUACUUCUAUCCUUCGAUCAAAAAGAUUACAUAUGACACAACAGCUAAUGUUCGAUUGUCAGACAUAAGAUAACGGAUGUGAGUUAUAAUCUCCAUGGAACUUCCACAUUUUCGUUAUAAAAUGUCAAAUUUAGACAGCCGAAUAGAUUCUUUGAUGAUGUGAUCUCCUGGUAUAUGGGGGAAGUAUACGGUUUACUUAUUAUUAUUAACAUGAGAUAAUUGUGAGAAUCUUGUUUUUAUUGGUUUGGUUAUUGAGGGUAUUUUUUCAGGUAUUCUAAAUAGCUACCCUACUCGCAAGAAAUAUUUAAACGACGACGAAUGUUUACGUUGAAAUAAUGCUAAUACUAGCAGUAACAGAUGCAAUCCGAUUUCCUAGUAUAUAUUUUAGAGACGGUUAAAUUGUUUUUUAUUUUUAUUCCAAUUCCACAAUAACAUUUACACACCCUCUGCCAAUUCCCUCUUCCGAUUGUGUAUAUUUCUGCAUUCAAACUUUACUAUCCCUUUUCACCCCUUUAGCCAUCGAAUUUUAAAAAUACACCCUUAGAGCCCCCUUAAAUACUCACAGAACAUUGUCUCCAAAUUUCGGAUCUCUAGUAAGUCGUCAGUAAGUCAGUCAGUUACAUGAACAUUCCUUUUAAUCCUUUAGCAAUCGAAUUUGACACAAUCUUUCCUUAGUGUCAAAAUGAAUAUUCCUUCCAAAUUCCAAGUCUACGUUCAAUGGUUUGGGCUUAGGCUAUACGUCGUCAGUCAGACACAAUCUUAGACUAUGAAAGAAAGGUAACGACCCCUUAAAUGUUCGUGCAAAAGUGAAGUCAUUUUGUUCGCUCAAUAGCGAACUUGAAUUACAUUUGCAGAAAGAGUGAGUUAUAUAUAAUAUCUGUAAAAUUUAGAUAAACCAAUGUCGCAUAAUUUUGUUUAAAACUAUACUUUAAAUUUUCUAACAAAAAACACAUUAAAGUGUACAGCACUGGAUAAAUAAUCAUUGCCCUUUUACGUGAACGAAGAUUUUAAACGCCUUGUACAUUACGAAACACAAAUCAAACUGUCAACGUGGCAUAUGUUGCUAUUUUCUAAGUGAUACUGACAAACAUUAAAUCGAUUAGACUCUUUUUGAGAGAUAAUUUCCAAUUUAUGAAACGAGCAUUUCAUAACUAUCAUAGUUUACGUGGAAAAUACAUAUAAUUCCCAGUUCCUUUUUGUUGUCAACAAUUAACCACUAUCACAACUAAUCUCUUAGAUAUACAUAAGACAAACUUCGCGAUAUUUGCAAUAUCUGCCACUAUAUAAUAUCGAUACCUCCUUGAUUUUUUACUUUCUCCAAUGGUUCGACAUCGGUUAAGGUCAUGAUAUAUUAUACUGUUUUAUGUUUCUUAUAUGUAUAAAUUUCAUACUAUAUAUUACACAUUUGUAUGUAUCUACAUGCAUACGAAUACUUUUACUGUAUAAACAGUAAUCUUUAUGGCCAUAGUAUCACCUUGUACGCAAAUACUUACUGGUUUUCUCAUCAUCAAGGAGAAUUUAAUAGUUUCCAUUCUAGUCGCGGAUCAUACGUAAAAUCGUUCUGCACAUUAGUACAUUAAUUGUAUUCGGUUACAGUAACGUUACUUUUUUCACUGUUCUUCUGAAAUGAUACCUAAAGUAGCAUUCCUAUCAAAAGAGGGCAACUUCAGAACCAGAUUAUUUCCACAAUAUUUUGCUGCACUUUCAGUGGGCUUGGGAAAUUUCUACCUUGGCACAGUGAUUGGAUGGACGGGAAACAAUGGUCUCGAUUUGUUGAACGGAAACCUGAACAAAAUACCUGUGGACGACGACGAAUUGGGUUGGAUUGGAUCGUUAUUCAAUAUUGGAGCCAUGCUGUCAUGUAUAAUAAUAGGACAACUUUGCGAUUUGAUUGGUAGAAAAUGGUCACUUCUUUCGCUGGCUCUACCCAACAUUUUGGGAUGGCUUUUGAUAAUAUUCUCUCAAAACGUAGAAAUGAUUUACGUGGGCAGAUUUAUAGGUGGACUAUCAUCAGGAGCAUUUUCAAUGUACGGAGUCCUUUAUAUUUCUGAACUGUGCGAAAAAGACCAUCGAGGUGCUUUGGGAACCAUUAUUGGAUCCUUGUUAAUUUGGGGAGUUUUAAUCGCCUAUAUCCUUGGAUUUGCGCUCAAUUCCAAAGGCUCUGCUAUUGUUUCAUGUUGUUUUCCGGUACUGUUUGGGUUACUGUUCCUUCUACAACCCGAAUCACCCUACUAUGAACUGCAAAAAGGUAAUGACGAGGAAGCUUUAAGAAUUUUGAAAAGGUUUAGAGGAAAAUUCCAUGAUGUCCGAAAAGAGCUCGAGCAAAUAAAAUUUCAUCUAGAAGAAGAGAAACUAAACAAGGUGUCAAUUUUAGAAUCGUUUAAAAGGAGCGAAGCGAGGACAGCUCUCUGGGUAUCAUUUGGAUUGAUGCUUAUUCAACAAGCAAGCGGUUUGAAUGCCGUUAUUUAUUAUACAUCUAUCAUUUUCAAUUCCGCGGGCAUUGAUGAAAAUAUUUUGAACUCACAAAUAUCAACAAUAAUUGUAGGAGCUCUUGAAGUAAUAGGCAGCAUAUUUGCUAUUUUAGUAAUAGAAAAAGUUAACCGACGUAUAUACUUGUCUAUAUCUGGUUCUUUCAUAACUGUAUCUUUAGUUUUAAUUGGUGUUUACUACACAUUACAAGAAAGGAACUUGGUGACACCGGAAAUUUUGGCCGAUGUGGGAGUUUUACCACUCCUUGGAAUGUUCAUUUUCAUACUUUCAUUGGGAGCAAGUUAUGGACCUUUGGCAUUUUUGAUACCCACUGAAAUUUGCCCACCGGAACUGAAAGGGAUCAUAACUUCUGUAGCAGCAACAUUCAGUUGGUUCUUAGCAUUUAUCGUAACGAAAUUUUAUCUAAACUUGAAAAAUACUUUCGGUGGUGACGUGACUUUCUACAUUUUCGCGGUAUUCGGGAUUCUAGCUAUAAUAUUUCCACUUUUUAUCCCUGAAACUAGAGGAAAGACUUUGGCUGAAAUUCAAAAUGAAGUAAAAGGAAAAUAAUACUAAAUCCAUCUGAUACUCACAUUAAAAUACUUAGGUCAGCAAAGGUACGAAUAGAAUAGAGACAUUUCUAGAGUCGAUAGUAGGUACUGUUAUUUAACAAACACAUGAAAAGUAUUCACUGUAAAAUUAUUGAGAGAUUGUGUUUGUAUUAUCGGCGUGAGUACAGUCAGUACAAGCAGUUCAAAAAAUAACAGUAAUAGUGCAUUGGAUUCACUCGUGAUCUAGAAAAUAGGUUGCAUCGUUUUAAGAUUUAAGUGUAGUCAAUUAGGUUGAACAGGGAUAUAUGUGCCAAUAAUGGUGACCAUGUAGAAGAAUAGAAUAGGAUACCAGUCUACACUCAUCCGCAGCUCAAAAUUACCAAAUUUUUUUAACAAUGUUUGACAUCAAACAUUGAAAGUUACUGCUCGAAUGUGGUUCAUGAUCUAAUCUUAUGAUCCGAACAUACAAUUGGUGCCAGUGUCUAGGUGUCAAAAUUCCAUUUAAAAAAGGUUUAAUUACAUAAAGGCAAAGUGGAAGAGCACGGCUAUGAAAUUGAUAAUACCCUCAUGGAUCUAUCUCAAGUCAGUCUUUAAAAAUUAUGAUACCUUUGUCGACAUUGUAAAGAAAAUAUCUGGAAAAUACAUCCCAAGAGGCGUUAGGCAAAAAUAUAUCCCAGGCUUAAGCAGCGACAACAAUCACAUCUUUGCAUACAAGUAACUAACUCUACGAUGAAGAUUCGUUCAGUGCGGAUGAUACCAUGGAAUGGGAGGAAUUUUGAUGCAAGCUAUGAGUGAAAAUACCCAGAAAAUGUGGGUAGAAACACUUGAAAAGAUGGACGUGAUACAUAGCAGUAAACUGGCUUGGAACCUAAUAAGGAAGCUUAACUUAACUAGUCAAGUCUCGCCAAAUCAAAUAGCUAGUUAACCGUAAAACAAAUAAAUUAAAAUAUACAAUCAUACAAAAAUGUGAAUUACUCUAGACAAUACGAAGGUUCCUGAAGUGAACGACAUAUCUAUUGAAGAGAUUAAAAACUUUGACUGGCUACUGCAACUCUACAACAACUGCGUCAAUUCCUAUUCAAUUCCAAGAGUAUGUUGUAAAUCUUAAAGUCAGGUAAAUUAGAUAGUGCAUAAUUGUGCAUUUUGUAUAGAUAAGAGUAUAUCUAUAGAUAUGUAUGUAGGAAUGUAUUACCUACGCCAAAAAAUCUUUUAAAAAUUGUUCAAUAACUAGCAAUGAUAAGCAGAACUCGCAACCUGAAAUGCUAUUGAAGUUAUUUUAUAUCAUAAUAUUCCCUAAAGUAACUUAGUUUGUUACAAUUUAAUUAAUUAGUUACUACUAUUGAUAUUUUUCUGAUCAAUUCAAUGAUUAAUAGAACCUGUGAUCUGUAUUAUUUCGGAUAGUAUAUGUAUUUUUAAAAAAUUAUUACAUACACGUACUUGUUAUCAUACUUAAUUUAUUAGGUUUAAUUAAUUAGCUUAGUUUAUUUUGUACAUAAUCGUCAAUGUAAAUAGCUUGUAAUGAUGGCAAUGUCUAGUAAGCAAGUAAGCCUUAUUUUGAUAUAUCCUCUCUUUGUGUAUGCCGAUGAUUUGGCUUAUCUAAAACACUGCGUAUAUUCUUACGACUAUUGUCUAUACAGGUAGAAAAUGUAAUAAAAAGUUAAUAAAAAUUAUAUGAUUAUGCUAUA